AUGAAUUACCCAGAAGAUACAUCACAUAUUAAAAAAUGGUUUUUCAAAAAUGAAAAAGAAAUAAAUGAUAUAUGUUUAAAAAAAUAUAAUGAUUUUAAAGAAAAAUUUAAAAAUUAUAAAAUUAGUAUACCUAAAUAUAAUGAUAUAGAAAAGACGAAGUUAUAUUUUUGUUAUCAGCUUACGCAUUUUUGUGAAAUUAAAAUGUUAAAAGCUCAAAUAGUCGAAUGUGCUAUUUUAUUAUAUAACAGAUUUUAUUUAAAAGAAAUUAUUUUAGUUUAUGAUCCUAGAAUUUUAAUUUUCACUUGUAUUAUAUUAGCUAUAAAAUUAGAAGGAUAUGGUAGAAUGUAUAAAAUGAAUGAAUUUUUUAGUGAUAUAGAUAUAAAUUUAGAUAAAGUAUUAGAACAUGAGAAUAUAGUUUGUUCUUCCUUAGAUUUUGAGUUGAAUUUUUUAUAUACUAAAGAAUGUAUUUAUUACUUAAAAAAUAAAUUUUUAAAUUAUAUAAAAAAAUAUAUAAAUAAAGAUAAUGAAUUAAAUAAUUCUUUUGAAAAUAUAUGUGAUAAAAUUUAUAUUAACACAUCAAAUGACUGUUUGAAAGUUAUUGAGAAUUUUUUUAUUACCUUUACUUAUACUCCCUCUCAAAUAGCAUUAUACUGUUUUAUAAAUAAUAUAAAAAUUUAUUUUAAUAUUGUUAAUGCAGAUAAAUUUAUUUUAGAGUUUAUUACUAAUAAUAACCAAAUUCUCUUUCAAAAAUUAAAAAAUAAAAUUGAUGAGCUUCAUAUCAAAUAUAAAAAUCAUCUAGAUUUAAGAAACACAUUUGAUGAUGAAAAUACGACUAAGCAAAUAGGUGAGACAUUAGAUAUGUGCAUUGAUAUUUAUGAGCUUUUAAGAAAAAAAAAUAGUAAAAAAUCUAGAAAAAAAAAACUGAAUGAUGAAGAUAAUACUCAAAACGAAUCUAAUAAAAAAGUUGAUAUAAAAAAUGAAAACUAA